AAGAAAGCAGAUGUCGAAAGCUUGAAAAGCCACUCAAGCAAAGGCGCUGCCAAAAUUUGAAAUGAAACAGACUCAUAAAUGCGUAUUAAAAGCCCCGCUUCGAGGCUUUCUCAACGAAACCAGCAGGAAAAAUAGCUUCAAUCCUCUGCAUAGGGUUUAUAAGAGGGUUUGUUUGCAUUAGGGUUUAGAAAAAAACUGCAGUAAUGGCAGCAGUUUCUCCUCCGUCGUCUCUAAUGGAUUUGUCAUACGAAGCUCAAGAAUUAAGCGCUCUGUUGCUAAGCAGCACUACCCCGGCUGAUAUUGUAAAUUCUUGCCGUGCCGUGGAGUCGUUUAUUCAGAGGCACAACGCAGACCAAUGCCGCCAAUUCUAUGUGGUUUGUUUUCCAGUCUUGCUUCGGAAAAUCUUCGGAUUCGAAGAUAAUUCUCAGCACUUUGUCGGCGGUGGAUGGAUUGCUCAGGCAUGCGAUUACUCGGCCAGUGCGCUCGUGAGUCUUUUAUCGCCUUCCGGUGCUCUGUUUUGUUCGAUGCUUGCGGCUGAUGAGCAGAAUUUGGUGCGCUAUGUUUUUCCGGUAGAGCGUCUUCCCGCUUGGAUUCGCUCAAUUCUUCGAUCAGACAGGGGUUUGCAUGUUUUGUCUGAGCUUUGCCCCGCUUUGUUCAAGUGCCGGUUGAAGGAAGACGGUGUCAGCGGAGCUGAAUUCUUCCAGGUGCAGUUGAAUAUUUUUGAGUACUUUAUGUUUUGGUUUGCUUAUUAUGUUGUAUGCAAAGAUAACAGCACUGAGAAUGAAAUUGAGUCCAAUGAAAUGUUAAAAUUUGGUGGGCGGAGGGUUUCAAAGUUUCGAUUGGAGAAAUGGGCCCCUUCACUGCCUGGUUUGCACCCUAGCCAUGGCAGGGUAAGCCCAGGAAAGGUCAAUUCCAAGCCUUAUUUGCACCUUGUGAAUCUUUAUCUGCAUGCUUUUGUGCCUGUAUCUGAUUUUGAUUCAUCUUCACUGCCUUUUGGUGCAUCCCCUUCGCCAUAUUUACACCAUAGGCUCACAGAGGGUCGUGACGUUUUUUCUCGUGCUGAGUUUGUUGUUCACACAUUUGUACAGUUUUGGCUUGUUGACGGGGAUUCCUCGCCCAUACCCUCGCGUGUUUGCCAGUCUUUGAAUAUUUCAUUGUCUCUUGAGAAUGAGUGUUGUAGAUACAUUCCGCCUAGUACCGACCACACAGAGGCUGUAAAGAUAUUGAUGAAUUAUGUCAAUAGCAGUUUACAAUCACCACAAGAUGAAUUAAGUUCCUCCCAGAGUGACCUCAAAUGUACAAUUUCAUUGUGGAGUGAUAUUCGGAUUUCCAGAUCAUUUACUUCAUCAGCUGCAGUUGUUCGUAGUCCCUGGUGUCAAUGUUUGCAACGGCCAUUGUAUCGAUUUAUUUUAAGAGGUUUUCUGUAUUGGCCGGUAGGUGCGUGUGUUAAAAAGCUUGCCUGUAUUCUUGACUUGUGGUUGGACUAUUUAGAGCCAUGGAAUAGUGUUGUGGACAGGCAAUCGAUGUUGGUUUGUAAUGAGGAUUUCUAUUUUGAGGCAGAGAAUAAGAUGUUAAGAGAUCCAGUCAGAGGUUUGUCUACUUUUUCAGGUGGUUUACUUCUCAAACAAAAAGUUGGUGCUGAUUCCGGGGUUUCUCAUGCACGGAAAAGUAUAGAUGACAAUCGAGAUGGUAGUCGAUAUAAUGAACAGUGGCAACAUUAUGUCCUCGCAAAUUAUCCAUUUUACACUGCUCUUUUUUGCAAUUUUCUUACAUUCGCCAACAAGUUUGUCCACAUUGACACAGAAGCAGUCCUUCAGAUGACGCCUAAGGUGUUAAAUGUUUUGGCAUCAUCAUGGGAACUUUUGAGUCUUCUUCGAAGCAUAGAAUUUGCCUACAAUAAUGUGGUUUCAGGAAAUGCUUUGAAUUCUUUUGACAAUUUGCAUAAGUUUGUACCAGCUAUUCAAGAGCAAAUACAGGAUUGGGAGAAUGAUUCAUUCAAUAUUGAAUUAGAAAGUGAGACAUUCUUCUCAUCAUCACAAAAGGGUGCUCCCACAUUGCAACUUUUCAAUGCUAGUGAAUAUGGAGGCCAUCAAAUUUUAAAGAUCCUAAUUUUGAGAGCAGAGGCUUGGAUCCAGACAAGUUCUCCAGAGAAGAUACAAACUAGUAUGCAGUCGCUAGAAGUACUCAAAGCUCUAACAAUUAAAAUAUUUGGCGCAUUUGAAAUCGGCUCCUGUAAUGAGAUGGCAUGUAGGUAUGUUUCUGAUGAGGAAAAUUUGCCUAUCAUGAAACUUUCGGGACUUGGCCGACAUACAUGGGCAGAUGUUAAAUAUAAAGGUGAUUGGAUGAGGCGACCAAUUGGAGAUAGUGAAGUUGCUUGGUUGGCAAGACUUCUUGUUAGGUUUUCUGAUUGGUUGAACAGAAAGCUCGGGCUGGAUACAGUUAGUGAUGAUAGUAACAGGGAUGGAAAUUGUUACGACAGCACAACUUCUUCACAACCCACAUUUGCUGAGAUAUCGGUAGAUGACGAGGUUUCUGUUGUGGAUUUUCUGUCUGACUGGACAACUUGGACAAAUCUUUUUUACAAAAUCUUGUCGUGUUUUAUGUUUUAUUCUUUAUGGCUUUUCCAAGCUGCACGGGGUGUGCUGAGAAGAAAUGGCUGGCGGAUAAAUCUGAGAAUCUUGGCUGAAAAGAAAGUACUGCUAUAUGUGUGUACUUGUAUUGGAUUUGUUAUAUUAACAAAAAAAUUUAAGCCAUAUUUUUCUUUUUUACUAUCGACAGACUUUUCUUCGUUGGGAAUUUAGCCUUCUCUGUAAAAGCUACCAGGAUAGCACACAGCCCCUGACAGAGUGGAGUUGCCUCUGAAGAAAUGGAAGUACCUUGAAAAUUUGUAGAUAAAUUCUCACGUAAAAGAGUUCUAAUGCUUGUACACAUCGUUUUCCUUGCAUCUUGACAUCCGUACCUUCUUUCAUAUAUUCUGUUCCUUACCCCAACGUAAGCCGUAUUCAGGGAUUGUGUUCAGCAGAAAAUUUUGUAGUUUCAUUAAAUGGUAAAUAAAGUGGGCUCUAUUAAAUGAUUCAGCCUA